UCAGCACGACGUGACGUCAGUAGUCUGCGACUCGUAGUAAAAUAAGAAGCGUGGUUACUGUGCAGUUGAGCUUUAAGUGAUUAAACCUCUAUCUAUUCCUUCAGAUCGCAUACAGAAGUUAACAUUAAGAUCCAGGAUGAGUCUGUCCAUGCCCCAGAAGCGGUACUACAGACAGAGGGCUCACUCCAACCCGAUGGCCGACCACACGUUUGACUAUCCUGUGAGUCCAGAGAAGAUGGACUGGUCCCCGCUUUACCCAGAGUUCUUCCCUGGCUCCCCGUCCGAGGGGGGCGCGGCAGCCCAGGUCGAGUUUGCCGACGUCGGCUGUGGAUACGGAGGUCUUUUAGUGGAGCUCUCUCCGCUCUUCCCAGACAAGCUGAUCCUGGGUCUGGAGAUCCGGGUCAAGGUGUCGGACUACGUCCAGGACCGCAUCCGCUCGCUGCGCGCCGCGGAGGACGGCGGCUACCAGAACGUGGCCUGUCUCCGUAGCAACGCCAUGAAGUACCUGCCCAACUACUUCACCAAGGGACAGCUCAGCAAGAUGUUCUUCCUGUUCCCCGACCCCCACUUCAAGAAGACGAAGCACAAGUGGAGGAUCAUCAGCGCCACGCUGCUGGCCGAGUACGCCUACGCGCUGCGGGUCGGGGGGAUGGUGUACACCAACACGGACGUGGAGGAGGUCAACGUCUGGAUGGUGAAGCACUUCACCGAGCACCCCCUGUUCACACGGGUUCCUGAGGACCAGCUGGUGGAGGACGUGAUCGUCGGCCGUCUGGGAAGCUGUACGGAGGAAGGGAAGAAGGUGCAGAGGAACGGAGGCAAGAACUUCCUGGCGGUCUUCCGACGGAUCGAGGAGGCAAACUGACCUCCGGUGGACCGUGUUGUAGAAGUGAUGUAGAGACGCUGCCAGCAGGGGGUGUGGUGAAUACAGGACGGGGCAGGGGUCUUCAUGAUGGGGCUGAUGGGGGUGACUGCUGACGUCUGAAUGGUUCAUACUAAGGUUUGAGCAGUCAUUUUUGGGAGUCGCAUCUUGAACAGAAAUCUGGCUUCUGGUCCAAUCAGACGUCUUGUUUGAAAUCUGGCGCUGGAGGAUUAUUUUAUUCCGACUCUGUUUUGGAGCCCAUUUUGGUUUGGUUUUCUACAGUGGAAGGAUGUGCAUUUGCUCCAAACUAUAUUUCAAAAUAUUUUGUAUAUAUGUUUUUCUUAGGACCAUAUUUUAUGCCAUUUUUAUUUUAUUCGUUGGCUGCAACUUAUUUUUUGUAAAUAAAGUGUCAGUACCAACCUG